AUCGCACCCUCUCAAUACGCUCGGCAAUUACUGCUCGCUGCAACAUUUUUCUCCAUCUUCUCCCAGGCCCUUUAUCCUUCCGUUACUGCACUUCUCCAUUUCCUGCUCGAAAAACCUCUCCCUCUCUCUCUCUCUCUCUCUCUCUCUCUCAGGAUCUUCUUCUUCUCUUCUUCUUCGUCUGUAUCACUAUUCUCUCCCCCAUAUCUAUCCAAAACUCAUACCUGUGCUUCCAAAAGCUCUUACCAAAACCACUUUUGUAGCCCCAAAUAGUGGUUUCCCUGCAGCGAGUUAGCCCCAAAACAGAUCGGACCCGUCGCAUUUUUCGAAGGCUAGCUCCAAACAUUGUAUAUUUAAGUGGUCUAAAGAAAGAAAGGAAACGAAAGUGUGGAGGAGAUCAUAUAGAAAGUGAGAAGGCACAGUUGGAUUCUCCGAGAUCUUCGCGGACGUUAUAUAAUAUUUUUCAUUCGUCUUACUCUGAUUUUGGUCUGUCCAAAGCCGUAUCAGAUUUGUCAACCCUAUCUUUCUUGGUAUUAUAUACAUUCCCCUUUUUCAGUUUUCCACAUUGGAAAUACAUAGGCUUGAGAGACCUUUCCUAAGACCAAAAAACCUCAAGUCAGCUAGCUUUGCCUGCUCAUUAACUUAAUUUGUCUAAUUCCAUAUGCUUUGCUGAGAGACCUAGUACUCAUGCCAGAGAAUCUAGGAAAGAAAUACGAACCCUUCUAAGCCCUCUAAAGGAGCCCCUAAAUAUAUAUAUAUAUAUAUAAGUGGACGUGUAAAAGCUGUACAGUACUGCUUAAGGGAUCGUUGUUUGUGAUUUGUGAAAUAUGCCGGCCGGGAUUAUGAUUCCAGCGAGAAACAUGCCACCGAUUAUUUGAAUUAACGGGACUGUCCGUGGAUUUGGAUCAUCCUCAGGGGUUACCCUUGGUCAGAUUGAAUACCCAUAAGCCUUCGGAGUCUUAAAGAUCUGUAGAUAUGUUCCAGCCUAACAUGAAUAUGGAAGGUCAUAAUCAGCUUCACCAUAUGCUAGACAUGACUCAGAACACAUCUGAAAGUGAUAUUGCCCGCAUUCGAGAUGACGACUUCGACAGUGCUACUAAAUCCGGCAGCGACAACCAUGAAGGUGCCUCCGGUGACGACCAAGACCAACGACCAAAAAAGAAGCGCUACCAUCGCCACACACAGCACCAGAUCCAGGAAAUGGAAUCUUUCUUCAAGGAGUGUCCACACCCAGAUGACAAGCAAAGGAAAGAACUGAGCCGUGAAUUAGGGUUAGAGCCGUUGCAAAUCAAAUUUUGGUUCCAAAACAAGCGAACCCAAAUGAAGACCCAACAUGAGCGCCAUGAGAACACACAUCUUAGGACCGAUAAUGAAAAGCUUCGGGCUGAUAACAUGCGGUACAGAGACGCUCUCAGCAAUUCCUCAUGUCCCAAUUGUGGUGGCCCAACUGCAAUAGGAGAAAUGUCCUUUGAUGAGCAUCAUUUGAGACUCGAAAAUGCCCGAUUAAGGGAAGAGAUUGAUAGGAUUUCAGCUAUCGCAGCAAAGUAUGUUGGCAAGCCAGUUGUGAACUACCCUCUUCUUUCUCCUCCGGUUCCUCCUCCCCGGCCACUAGAGCUUGGAGUAGGGAAUUUCGGUGGGCAGCCAGGCAUUGGAGGAGAGAUGUAUGGUGCCGGAGACCUUCUUAGGUCAAUCAGUGCACCGACUGAAGCAGAUAAACCUAUGAUAAUUGAGCUUGCGGUUGCAGCUAUGGAGGAACUAGUCAAAAUGGCACAAAUGGGAGAACCCUUAUGGAUGACAAACCAGCUUGAUGGUACUUCUACUCUACAUGAAGACGAAUAUUUUAGAACAUUUCCUCGGGGAAUUGGACCCAGACCUACGGGCUUCAAAUGCGAAGCUUCACGAGAAACUGCAGUUGUUAUCAUGAACCACAUCAACCUUGUUGAGCUUGUAAUGGAUGUGGAUCAGUGGUCUACAGUGUUUUCUGGGAUUGUCUCAAGAGCUAUGACUCUGGAAGUACUAUCAACUGGUGUGGCAGGGAAUUACAAUGGAGCACUGCAAGUGAUGACAGCAGAAUUCCAAGUUCCUUCACCCUUAGUUCCAACUCGUGAGAGUUAUUAUGUAAGGUACUGUAAGCAGCUUUCCGAUGGGACCUGGGCAGUGGUUGAUGUUUCCUUGGACAGUUUGCGCCCUAGUCCUGCAGUCAGGUGUCGAAGAAGACCUUCCGGUUGUUUAAUUCAGGAAAUGCCUAAUGGAUACUCAAAGGUGACAUGGGUUGAGCAUGUAGAAGUUGAUGAUAGAGGUGUUCACAAUCUAUAUCGUCAGCUUGUUAGCUCAGGUCAUGCAUUUGGUGCAAAACGUUGGGUGGCUACCCUAGAUCGGCAAUGUGAAAGGCUUGCAAGCGCCAUGGCCACAAACAUUCCUUCCGGUGAUGUUGGUGUCAUAACAAAUCAAGAAGGAAGAAAGAGUAUGUUGAAACUGGCUGAGAGAAUGGUGAUAAGCUUUUGUGCCGGCGUAAGUGCCUCUACUGCACACACAUGGACGACGCUGUCUGGAACAGGGGCAGAUGAUGUAAGGGUGAUGACCCGAAAGAGCAUAGAUGAUCCAGGCAGACCUCCUGGCAUUGUUCUUAGUGCCGCUACAUCCUUCUGGCUUCCAGUUUCUCCAAAGAGAGUUUUUGAUUUUCUGCGUGAUGAGAACUAUCGAAACGAGUGGGAUAUUCUUUCGAAUGGUGGAGUUGUUCAAGAAAUGGCACAUAUUGCAAAUGGGCGGGACACAGGCAACUGCGUGUCUCUACUUCGAGUAAAUAGUGCCAAUUCAAGCCAGAGCAACAUGUUGAUAUUACAAGAGAGUUGCAAUGAUCCAACAGCCUCUUUCGUGAUAUAUGCUCCUGUUGACAUUGUUGCAAUGAAUCUCGUACUAAAUGGUGGGGACCCAGACUAUGUCGCCCUUCUGCCCUCAGGAUUUGCCAUUCUCCCUGAUGGAACCUCAGAUCUUGGUGGAGGCGCCAUUGGGGAAGCUGACUCUGGCGGAUCUCUCCUUACUGUUGCUUUUCAGAUCUUGGUUGAUUCUGUUCCCACCGCAAAACUUUCUCUUGGGUCAGUUGCAACUGUUAACAAUCUUAUUGCUUGCACCGUGGAGAGGAUUAAGGCUUCUUUGUCACCCGAGAACGCAUGAUCUGCAAACCUUAAAUUGUAGUAAUUAACAGAAGAAGGAAAUUAAAGGCAAGGAAACUAAGAGAUGGAAACAAAUCAUGUGAUGAAGAAUUUCGGCUUAUGUACGUACAAGAUUGGAAAAAGUCAAGAGCGCACCUUACUGCAUGAUCCUUUCUAAGCAGUACUUCACCAAGUCAUGUACUGCAUUAAGGAUUAGGGGUUCGGGUAUUGACUUAAUUCCUCAAAACGAUUAAGAAGUACUUCUACUCAUGUUGAACUCCCAGCUUUCACCUUUCUUAAGUACUACUUUGUAGUUAAUUAGGGUUUUAAAUGAGUGAAGCUUAAAUAUUA